UCCACUUAGUCUAUACUACGCUCUACGAAGAAUUGAACACAGCUUUCUUCUUCGGCUGUAAAACACAUCGUAGCCGAUGCAAUUUGUAUUCGCUCUAGGUACACUAUAUUUCCUAGAACAUUAGUGCGUGAUAAUUUUUUUUAAUUUAUAUCGACAGACCUUAUUCAAUAGCACAGUUACGAAAGGGUUAAACGAGAAAUCGAUUUUUUGUGGUGAUAUGUGCAUUUUUUGAGUUCGUUUCAUUUGGAUGAUAAGAUAGGAUAGGAGCAUAAGAUGUUAUCGACCAAAGUUGUCGGAUGGCUGUUCCUCAUUUUUGGAUUGUCGAUAUGCAUCUCUAAUUCAAGUUCGAAGGAGAUACGGGUAGUGUGCUAUUACACAAACUGGUCAGUUUAUAGACCUGGAACAGCCAAGUUUAGUCCGCAGAAUAUAAAUCCUUACUUGUGCACUCAUCUUAUCUACGCUUUUGGAGGAUUCACAAAAGAGAAUACGUUAAAGCCCUUCGAUAAGUACCAGGAUAUUGAAAAAGGUGGCUAUGCUAAAUUCACGGGGCUCAAAACCUACAACAAAGACUUGAAAACUAUGCUUGCAAUCGGAGGUUGGAAUGAAGCAUCAUCUCGCUUUUCCCCAAUGGUAGCCAGCGCCGACAGAAGAAAGCAAUUGGUGAAAAAUUCGAUAAAAUUCUUGCGACAAAACAAUUUCGAUGGAUUAGAUUUGGAUUGGGAGUACCCAGCCUUCCGAGAAGGCGGAAAAUCCAGAGAUAAGGAAAAUUAUGCGAAACUUGUCCAGGAACUGCGUGAGGAAUUUGAAAGAGAAUCAGAGAAGACUGGAAGGACAAGACUUUUACUGACAAUGGCUGUACCUGCUGGUAUCGAAUACGUAAAUAAGGGAUAUGACAUACCCAAACUGACAAAAUACUUGGACUGGAUGAAUAUACUGAGUUACGAUUAUCAUUCGGCAUUUGAACCCUCAGUCAAUCAUCACGCUCCUCUAUAUCCCAUGAGGGAAGCUACUGAAUAUGAUUACGAUGCUGAAUUGAAUAUCGACUAUACGAUCAAGCACUAUCUAGAAUUGGGUGCUGAUCCGAGUAAGCUGGUUAUGGGAGUUCCUACCUAUGGAAGAUCAUAUACACUUUUCAAUCCAGAUGCAAACGCUAUUGGAGAUCCCGCAGAUGGUCCUGGGGAAAUGGGAGAGGCAACUAGGGAAAAUGGAUACUUAGCUUAUUACGAGAUCUGUGAAAAUAUCAAAUCUAACGGAUGGGAUGUAGUUCAACCCAAUGAGAAAGCGAUGGGUCCGUAUGCUUUCAAGGAAAACCAAUGGGUAGGGUUUGAUGACGAAAACAUAGCAAGGAAAAAAGCUGAAUAUGUAGCUCAAAAUGGACUAGGAGGAAUUAUGUUCUGGGCUAUCGACAAUGACGAUUUCAGAGGAAGCUGUCAUGGUAAACCAUACCCAUUAAUUGAAGCAGCUAAAGAAGCUCUAAUUGCUGCAUCUGGGUUGACAGAUGAAAAUCUUAUUUCACCUCCAGCUAAGUCAACGAAACAUAAAAGUAGACUCAGGAGCAGAACAAAAACAACAGAAGAACCUAAAGCAGAAAAAUCAGAGGUACCUACUAAAUCAAAUGGCUCACGUAGAAGGAACAGACUCAAACCGAAGGUUAUCAACAGAGGAUCUGACUCAGAAGAUAAAAUUAAAUCUAGGCGAAAUGAAGAGAGAAAAUUGGAAACAACCUCGACUUACAGUAGUCUCAAGGUAAUAACGCCGGCUUAUACCACCCCAGAACCACCAUCUACACCAGACCAAGGAGGAGCUUUCAAAUGCGAGGACGAGGGAUUCUACCCACAUCCUAAGGAUUGUAAAAAAUAUUUCUGGUGUCUUAGUGGCCCAGGAGAAUCAGGAAUUGUGGCACACCAAUUCACUUGUCCAGCUGGAUUGUACUUCAAUAAAGCUGCAGAUUCUUGUGAUUACUCUCAAAAUGUUUUGUGCAAUAAGAAACUUUCAAAAACUACUAGUACGACAGGAGGUAAGGAAACUGUUGAAAAAAUUCAGACGACAACACAAAAAACUUCGACAAGGGCCCCUAUCACAAGAACUACAACAAGAACAACAACUACCACUGAAGAAGAGUACGAUGAUGAGUUUGAAUACGAAGAUGAAGAAAUAAGUGAUGCAAAAUCGGAUUCAGAAGAAGAUCCUAAAGUUAUAAAAGAGCUGUUGGAUCUCAUUAAAAAAGCAGGUGGAAUUGAGGAAUUAGAAAAGCAACUGAAUUUUGGCCAUGAUGAAGUAGGAGAAGGAGCUACGACACCAUCAACCAGAACAAAAUCUAUAGUUGAGAAAUUCCUCACAAGUAGAACUAACAAGAUCUCAUCAGGAACAAAUAAGUAUUCCACCAUAAAUCGAAACAGUAGAGGGCCACAGAAUGCAGGAAUUGAAAAAGAUACUAACGAUGAAAAUACAAGAAAAAUCGAAAGGAAGCCUCAAUAUACCACCAUAUCAAGGAAAAGGCCAGCUUCAUCUGAGGACAGAGAUGAGGUUCAAGCUGAAGAAAAAGAACAGGAAUCAGCAUCUCCAAGAUAUACCACAAUCCGAAGGAGUAAAGAAGGACUGAGCCAGGAAAAUCGGAGGACAUUGGAUAGAAAUAAGAUAUUAGGUGAAGAUGACAAAGAAACCGAAGAUAGCAAUAGAAGGGAGGUCACUGUACAUACUACACCCCAAUAUGUUAACAUACGCAGACAGAGACCAACAACUGAACAGUCAUCUACUACCCAGUAUGUGUCUAUCAGAAGAUCGACUACGGAUGGUUCUCCGAAAGAAGAUGAGAAGGAGGAAUUUACAGAUGACAGGGAUCAAAAUUCGGAUUCUCCAGUCACUGAGAAGCCCAUACCGGCGCUAAGAUACCAAACGUUGAACCGUUCGGCAACCUCCACACCACAAAUCAGCUCAACAACUCUGCGCUCCACAACACAAUUCAUACCAUCCCUCGAGUCGUCGUCAACCAAUCAGCCAUCUUCAAUUUCGAAUGAUGUUCAAACUGAAUCGUCAGAAAUUCCUAGCACUAUUUCUUCUAAGUCGACAGAUGCCAUAUCAACACCAACAACAGAAACAGCUGAAGAAGCAACCUUUUCAUCAAGCACUACAUCUUCUUCAAUUGCAACCACCACAGAAGAAAUAAAGAUACAAGUAACAAAAUCUCCGGUACUAUACGAACCUCGACCUUUUUCAGUUGAGCAAAAAUCCUCAAUUUCUACUACACACAAACCUGUUCGUACAAUAUUCCGCUCAACAACAAAUCCAACUAAGGUGAGUGAAACAUCUGUAAGACCUCGUUUCCGAAUAAGACCAUCUGUCAAUAAAAAUAUAGAGAAUAAUGGUGAAGGUGUCAGCGAUAAUGGUGUCGAAUCGGAAAACAGCAGUGAAGACUUAAAUAACGCAAAUAUUAUUUCAAGAUCGAGAAGUAGAACGUCUAGACCAGAAGCAGUAAAAAACGAAGAUACAACGACUUCUUCCAAACCAAUAUUCCGACAGAGAAUAAGACCGACGUUCACGAGCUCAACACAGAAAACAUUGAGUGACAAAGAACAAGAUGAAAUACAAAGAAAAUAUCGUCCACUGAGUUUAGAUGACCUUUCAUCUUUAACUGCAGCCGAUAUCGUCAUCCAAAGGGGCAAUAAAGAAGGUGAAUAUAGACGUUCAAGAUUGCGUUCAACCACAACUGAGUCCCCUGAAAAAGAAAUUUCAACAGUCGGUAGGAGAACAUUUCAGAGAAAGAAAGUAGCAAUUGUUAAAACUACCACUGAAAUUCCUCCAAGCGUAACAAGAAAAUCGCCAAAUGAGAGGCAUGACGAAAAUAAUAAUCUGAAUUCACAAUCAAGCUUAGAAGAUUUUUCAUCAUCUGAAUCCUCAGAGAAGAAAUUAUCAACAAGAACAAGAUUUUUCGGAAGAACCAGACUAUCACCGGUUAUAACGAGCACAACUGAAUUGAAUAAUGAUUUGACUGACCAAAUCAAAUCAAGUUCAGAUGAAAUACAACUAUCCAAACAAGAUCAGAAUGAAAUUAGUUCUUCUACGGAAAUUGUCCAGCGACCUUCUAAAAGGACUAGAAAAGUGCUGAAGCGUCUUCGAACACCUUCGUUAUCAACAACUUCAGCUACUGUUACUAAACGAGGUAAGCCACUAUCAUAUGCUUCACUGAAUUUGGAAGUCGUUACCACUACAGACAGACUCACAUCGGGGUCAAACAUCUUAGUCGUUGACAGUGAUUCGAAUGAAGCCAACAUUUCAGAUGAGACUACUGAAGAAGAGGAAAAUAUAAAAUUGUCCGCCACAAACAUUCGCGAGAAUAGUAAUAUCAAUACCGAUAAUGCGAUUUACGAUAUCGGUUUUAGGAAAUUUAAAAAAGCUGACGUAGUGUACGAUAAAACGCGAUAUGGAACAAAAUAUAACGAUGAAACAACUAUUUCAACUACUACAGAAUCUAGUUCCACUAGAACUAGAAAAAUAAUUCGUCGCCUAAGACCAACGGAAAAAAAUUCAGUUGAAGAGUUGUCACCAAACCUGAAAACUGAUGGUUACCGAGAAGCUAAGACUAAUGAAUCCACUAGAGGCAGAAAAAUUAUUCGUCGUUUGAGGCCUGGAUCGAAAUCAAUUUCAAUCAAAAAUAAUCUAUCUGAUACAUUACUGAUCAAUAAUCCAGGAACAAUCGAAUUGAAAAAUCAAGCUCCACAAUUUUUCGAGAGGAAACGUGUAAACUUCAAUAGAGACAGUGGCAGAAUUGCGAAAACUCCAAGUUUUAAGCGUAAAUUCACAACAGCAAAGGAGGAUUUAGUGCCUACAGAAGACAUUGAAGAAGAUACUGAAACAACGACACAAAGAGGAAAACUAAGAUAUUUUGAUAUAGUGAGAUCUACUGCGCCCACCACUACGAAUAGUUUCAAAGAAAAUGAACAAAAACCCAAGAUUGAAGGGUACAAAACAUUCUACUUCACGACUUCCAUUUCGCCAACGAUUCAAAAUGCCUCUGAAUAUGAACCAUCUUCAAUUGUACCGAUAGAGGAGACUUCCACUUUGUCUCAAAAUGAAUCUAACGAAAUGGAAACAAUUGGAACAGAAGAUUAUAUAUCUGAAACUACUUCAACUCCUUAUGCGCCUUUUGAAUCAACAACUGAAUUCGAUAAAAAUUUGGGAAGAACUAAUGAAACGUCAUUUAACAUAAGUGAAACAAUAUCUCCGGUCACUAUUUCUUCUGUGGACAUUACAACUCUGCCAGAAUUAAGUACAUUAUCUGAUUCAAACAUUAUCCUACCGGAAAGUACAACAUAUGGUGAGGAAAUUAUUUCAACUCAGAGCUCUUCCACAGAAGACGAUGGUACAAAUGUCCCUGAGGAAAAUGAUUCAACAACUUAUAGCAACCCUGAAACAACAUCUACAACAACAACUACGGAAUAUAUACGAAGAAGUACACUGCGCACAGCCAGACUUAGGCCAACCUACCCAAUAAGAAGAAUAACAACAACAACAACCACCAAGCCAUCGAAGGAUGUGAAAGCAUCUGAAAAAACACCAAAAUUCUUCACAAGAAAGAAGCCGUCUUUUAGACAGAGAAGCACAACUGAAUCUUCCUCUUCCCAGAACAGUUCAUCAGAGAAACCUAGAAGAAGGUAUCCUUUCUCCAAAUAUGGCAGAUUUUCAACAACUACUCCUUCAUCUAAUAAAGAUGAUAUUGAAACUACUGUAAAAAUAUCCGAAGAACAGCAAUAUAUCUUAAAUAAUAAAGCUGAAACUCCUCCAAUAGAAAUAAAGGGGGAAAGUGAAGAAGGCAAUUCAUUUGGAACUACCACUGAAAACCAAAAAUUGUUCAAUAAAUUCGCACCAACAGAGAGCUACUCAACAACUAGUGAAAAUUCACAACAAUUGAACUUGGAUUCUGCAGAAAAACAAAAGCUAAGGAACAAAUCUCUAUUUUCCAAAAAGCGUAAAAUGAACAUUCCCAUUCAUACCUCUAAUGAGGUUAAAGAGGAGUCGACUACUGAACAUUACACGACCUUGUAUCAUGUGUUCGCAGAACCAGAAGUGGGUGAGAACGAAACAAAGUUGAUAACAAAAAAUGAGACUCAUAUAAAUGCAGGAGGUAGGAUAGAGCCUAUAGUUGAAAUCAAUAGAAUUAUAGAGGUGCAUAUUAAAAAUGGAAACGGCGAUCAAAGUUCAGGUGACGUUGAAGCCAAGAGCAUAUUCGACAAAAUUGGAGCUAUUAAUAGAAUAACAUCAAUCAAAGUGGUAGAUAGGAAUGGAACAAAAAUUGCUGACUUUCCAUUAGACCAAACAAGUCAAAGAUUAGCCGCCGUUCAUGAUAUCAUUGAACAAGAGAGGAAAGAUGAAGUCUUGGCAGAACACCGAAAAGAUAGAAAAUUUAAUUUCAACGUUAACAUUCCUAUUAAUGGAGUCACAAAUGAUGUUGUACGCCCAGAAAUAAUUGAUGGUAUUUCGCAUAUAAAAGUCAUAACACCCAAACCCGCUUUAUCGCCUGAAGUAUCCACAAUAGCAUUAGAAGCUUUGUUCUCAACCACAGAAAAGGAUAAAACAAAUCAAGAAAACACUAGUGCAACAACCAUAGCAGAAAAUGAACUGUUGGACACUGAGUAUUCUCGUUUUGUGAAUAUUAGAAUUAUAAAACCUGCUGACGGAAGAAGUUUAGAUGAGGGGGGCACACCGGCUGAUACGCCCCAAGUGGUCAAAAUUCUUCCAAAUGACGAAGAAAUGACUAUGAAAGCCAAAGUAGUCGAAGUUACUCCGAAAAAUCUUGACCAAAUUAUUAGAAUAGCACCUAUUCAAGUUGCCAUGGCACGCAGUAUCGCUGACACCCCUAUCAUAGGAAUAAGUAAAUUGAAUGAAAAAAUUGGCAUGACACCAUUCCGUCCGUCUACAGAUACCGGUGUACAAUGAUAAUAAGUAUUUCUCAAUUAGGUGUAUGAACAAUUUAAGAGUAUUUUAGUAUAAAUUAGUUAAAUUCCUUGUAGGUACUCAUGUAUAUAUGCAGUUUUUCUAUUUAAGUAUGUUUAAUGUGUGUGGUUCACAGCGAAUUUUUGUUGUAUAUAGUAGCACUUGUAACAUAACGCACUGUUUUUUCUGUUUGAUUGUGUGCCAUAACCUAUUUUGUUUGUAUUAAUGUAGGUGGCCAGUGGGUCUCUUCUGUACUGUUCAUGUUUAUAAAUAUAAACAUUAUGUUGAA